AUGACCUUAUCCUACCACCACUCUCUUUCCCCUAUCCUCAACCCCUCCUCCACCCACACUCCCCACUUCCUCCCCUUUCCCGCUACCCUCCACCACCACCAAUCCCGCUUCUGCCGCCGCCUCUCCAUAGUUUCCAAGGCCAAGACCAAAGAACUCAUUUUGGGCAACCCAAGUGUGACAGUGGAAAAGGGCAAGUACAGCUACGAUGUUGAGACGUUAAUCAACAAGCUUUCUAGCCUCCCUCCCCGCGGCAGCAUUGCCCGGUGUCUUGACACCUUCAAGAACAAGCUGUCUCUAUCUGAUUUUUCGUAUGUUUUCAGGGAAUUUGCCCACCGGAGCGACUGGCAGCGCUCGCUUCGGCUUUUUAAGUAUAUGCAGCGCCAGGUCUGGUGCAAGCCGAAUGAGCAUAUAUACUCCCUUAUCAUUGGCAUCCUUGGCCGCGAAGGCCUCUUGGAUAAAUCUGCCGAAAUCUUUGAUGAAAUGGUAACCCAUUCUAUCCCUCGGACUGUACUUUCAUACACUGCGAUUAUAAAUGCCUAUGGCCGCAAUGGCCAGUACGAGACUGCACUAGAGUUACUUGAUAAGAUGAAAAAGGAAAGGAUUAUUCCAAACAUUUUAACUUAUAACACUGUUAUUAAUUCGUGCUCCAGAGGUGGAUAUUCGUGGGAAGGGUUGUUGAGUUUGUUUGCAGAAAUGAGGCAUGAAGGGAUUCAGCCGGACUUGGUUACAUAUAAUACACUGUUGAGUGCAUGCGAAAGUAGAGGUUUGGGGGAUGAGGCUGAGAUGGUGUUUAAGACAAUGAAUGAGAGUGGAGUUUUACCUGAUAUUACUACGUAUAGUUAUUUGGUAGAGACUUUUGGGAAGUUGAGGCAAUUGGAGAAGGUUUCGGAGUUGCUCAAGGAGAUGGAAGCAGCAGGGAAUUUGCCAGAGAUAAUGAGUUACAAUGUGUUGUUGGAGGCAUAUGCAGAUUCCGGAAAGAUAAAGGAGGCGAUGGGGGUGUUUAGGCAAAUGCAGGCAGCAGGAUGUCUGCCGAAUGCAGGGACAUAUAGUAUUUUGUUGAAUUUGUUUGGGAAGAAUGGGAGAUAUGAUGAUGUGAAGGAGCUUUUUCUUGAGAUGAAGGUGAGUAAAACGGAGCCGGAUGCUGAUACCUACAAUAUACUUAUAGAGGUGUUCGGUGAAGGAGGUUAUUUCAAGGAGGUGGUGACUUUGUUCCAUGAUAUGGUAGAAGAGAAUGUUGAGCCAAAUAUGGAGACUUACGAGGGGUUGAUUUUUGCGUGUGGAAAGGGAGGGCUUCACGUGGAUGCGAAAAGAAUUCUGCUUCAUAUGAAUGAGAGAGGAUUGGUACCGAGUUCCAAGGCAUAUACCGGGGUGAUUGAGUCAUAUGGUCAAGCGGCACUGUAUGAGGAGGCUCUUGUUGCUUUUAAUACAAUGAAUGAGGUUGGCAGCAGGCCAACAGUUGAGACCUUUAAUUCUAUGAUUCAUAUGUUUGCUAAAGGGGGCCUUUACAAGGAAAAUGAAGCAAUUCUGUAUAGGAUGGGUGAAUUGGGUGUUCCAUGGAAUAGUGAUUCAUUUAAUGGUUUGAUCGAAGGAUAUAGGCAGGGAGGAAAAUUUGAAGAGGCCAUCAAAGCUUAUGUUGACAUGGAAAAGUCGAGAUGUUCUCCUGAUGAUUAUACCCUUGAGGCAGUCUUGAGCGUAUACUGCUUUGCAGGUCUUUUAGACGAGAGUGAGGAACAGUUUCGGGAAAUUAAGGAGCUGGGUAUACAGCCUAGUGUCAUGUGCUACUGUAUGAUGCUGGCUGUAUAUGCAAAGACUGACAGGUGGGACAAGGCCAAUGAAUUAUUAAAGGAGAUGCUUACAAACAGGGUAUCCAAUAUUCACCAGGUUAUUGGACAGAUGAUCACGGGAGAUUUCGAUGAUGCCAGUAACUGGCAGAUGGUAGAGUAUCUCUUUGACAAACUCAAAUCCGAGGGCUGCAGCUUGGGGAUGAGGUUCUACUGUACACUUCUAGAAGCACUUUGGUGGCUGGGUCAGAGGGAAAGGGCUGCGAGAGUGCUGAAUGAAGCAACAAAGAGGGGAAUAUUUCCUGAACUAUAUCAUAAAAACAAACUUGUAUGGUCUGUGGAUGUUCACAGGAUGUGGCCGGGUGGUGCAUGCACGGCAAUAUUAGUCUGGCUGAAUAAUAUGCAAGAGAUGUUAGUAACCAGUGAGGAUCUUCCUCAACUGGUGACUGUCGUCGUGGUACGGGGACAGAUGGAGAAGAGCUCAAUAACACGAGAUUUUCCUGUUGCAAAGGCUACCUAUUCUUUGCUGAAGGAUAGUGUAUCAUCGUCCUUUUGUUUCCCGGGCUGGAACAAGGGCCGAAUUAUCUGUCAAAAAUCUCAGCUUAAGCGCAUUCUCUCUAGUACUGAACCAUCAUCAGAGGAUUCGGACAAAUACGGAAUUAAUGCCAAGUGCAGCAUGAAGGGAUCAAUAAAAUUUGCAGUCCCACUUUUGGGUCCGCCCAACUUUCCUUGGGCUGUUGAAAACCACUUUGACAGAGUAACUGAAGAAACCAAGGGAUAUCCUGAGAUGCUAUGUUCAGUGGCAGGAAAUCUAAAUGACAUUAUAACAUUUGGCCUAUCAUUACCCCACAAAAGCUCAUGUGUACAUGAAACUGCAAUAGGGCUGUGGUUUCAGACCGACGGGAGGGUCCUGGUUCCAAGACUUAUCUGGGUGUAG